AUGUCUACGGCGUCCCAGUCCCGAGGCGUUAAUCGACGGAUAAACAGUAUACAAAGCGAAUCUCGUCAUUCGCGCAGCCUCUCGUUGUCCCGCCGACGCACAGUGAGCUCCUCGGCUGCCUACUCCUUCGCUCUCCGGACAGCUUACCUUACCCACCUUCUACACCCGCGUGCACGCCGUGUUCAGAAUGUCACGGCUCCUCAGCAACGGCCCAAGCGGGCAUCGACCUCCUUUCAGGACCUGAUGAGCGAUUUCUCUUUGAUUCGAGACUCGAAAAGCUCCAGAUUUCCUCACGGGUUCAUUUCCGAGCUCGAAAAGAGGUUGACGGGAAUUCUAAUGGGAAAAGAAAGGAGAAAGGAAUAUCAAGAUGCGCUCGUCGUCAGAACCUUUGCUGCAUUCCUUAAUGCCUUGAAAGACCAAUCGUUCAAAAAGCGGAUGGAAAAGGACCGGCGCGCGGAGGACCUCGUUCUCAUCUUCUACUCGAAUGCGACCAAGGAAUUAAGCAAAGGUAAAGAACCAGAUGAUGACAGUUGGAGGCUCAUGGUCGAUAGACAUGUUGCGCUUUUUGUUCGGCUCUUUGCACUCAUCCUGAAAAGCAACGACUGGGCAAGGGAGCGGCCGGAGCUCGCAAACCGAUUGGCGGUCCUGGAAACCAAGCUUCUCUCUCAAGACCAAGAUCUAGUACCAACCACCGGUCCCUCGACUGUCGAAAUUGUGGCCCCCCUGAGCUACGAUGUCAAGGACAUGCCCCUUGUACAGCACGUCGCAAGGGUGUUUCAUGUGGAGCUCUCGCAAGUGCAAGCCGACAUUGAUAGUCACCGAGGGACAUGGACGGAACGGGCAGCACUCCAGGACCUCAAGACUUAUCAAACCCAUUUGAGUCUAAAAACAGAGAAGUCCCUAUCUGCGCAUGAUUUCGAAGAUGAAGAGGCAUACGAGGCCUGGAGAAAGAACGAAGGGCCGGACCUGUCGCAGAUGAUGCUCGCAAUCAUGCAGUCAAAUCCUGAGCUUGCGAAGAGCACGCCCGGUGGCGCCCUUCCCCAGUUCAAUGCAAGUGCUGGCGACCAUUUUCACAAUGAUCCAAGUACCGGCCGACCAAUAUCGUAUGUGAUUGACCAGCCUGUGGAUAUAAGCUCGCUAUCUUUGAACAAUGACGGUGCGGAAGAGUCUGAUACGUACACUUUUAUACCUCCAGAGCCCAGGUCGGUGUAUGGCACAAUUCUAGCUCAAGCCUUGAGUCAUGAUCUAAGAGACCGCGAACUUGAGGCUACACAAGCCACAUCGGAAGUACCAUCUAUUAAGCUACUGUCCAAACAAUCAACGGAGCUGUUGAAUGAGAUUUGCCUUCGCUGGAGAAUCCCACCUUAUUCGCGGAUUGUUCUUUUCCUGGACGUGAUACGGUCGAAAUUCGAGGAUAAUGAAAUCGAUCUCAACACCCUAGAUUCGGCUUUCACAUUUGUCAAGGAUAUGCCGUCGACAGAGGGAAGAAAACGCAACAGCAUUGUGUCGUCAGCACUGUUUGACAGACACAAGUGGACAGUGCACGACAGACUGUUGAUGCGUCAGGUACUUUCUUCCCUUCACGAAGCUAUCUUGCGGGAAUUAUAUGACGUUAUGAUGGACUGUUACGAGGCUAAGCCUCGUCCAAUCGGUGAGGUGAUGUAUAUUUUGGAAAACCAUAUCCAGAUGGACCCCGACUAUUCAGAGGACACCAGCGAUAUCGAGCGCUUCCGCUCGUACGUUCAAGACGGCCUAGCACAGAAAGCGACAGAGAAAUAUCAGAGCAUCUUGAGCCAGACAGUUCCAAUUGAGCCGGAGGACUGGCAGCUGGAGCAUGUCAUCCAACUUUGUGACGGAAUCACAAACCACUCUGAGAAGAUUCGCAAGCGCUACCGGAAGAAUCCAGAGAUUAUGGGUGUCAACCCUCAUAAAAUCCUUGUUGAAAAUACGCUUCAGAUUUUCGCCGAAGAUAUCCACCAGUUGAUACUUCGAAUCAUUGAACAGGAGAAGGUGCGAGGAGAGGAGAUCGAGAUCCCAGACGCCUUCCAUCUCUACAAGCAAUUAACUGCUGUUCGCGAGAUAUUUGCGAAUGCACUCCCCUAUGCGAAAUUCCCCUUCCACGUCGAAGAUGUACUAGAAGGGUUCGUCUGGAAGUGGAUACACCUCACCGAGAAGAAGGUGGUGGAAUGGGUUGAGCAAGCGCUCAGGCAAGACCAAUUUGAGGUCCAUAACGGUGACACGGCAGUGGCCUCUGAAGAUGCCAGACACAGUGUAUCUGUGAUAGACAUCUUCCGCUCUUUCAACCAAGUUAUAGAGCAGAUGAUGGAGCUCAGCUGGGCUGAUGAAUUCCAGUACGCGAAAUUUAUGACCGCGUUGUCGAAAUCAAUCGGCAGAGGUGUUGCGAGAUACUGCGAGGCUGUUGAACAGAUGUUCGCUAAAGAGAUGGACAGACUCUCCCCCGAUCAGGAAGCUGCUCUGAAUCAGACAACGCAGGAAAAGCUGAUGCAGUUCGCGAAAGAGGCAUGGGCCAGCAAAGAGAAGAUUGAACCUUUCCAGUUCUUUCCCAGGUCACUAGUGAAACUGAACAACGUCGAAUAUGCUCUUAGUCAACUUGACAAACUUGAGCGCGAAAUCAACGUUGACGGCUGUGCCGAAGUGAUUGCCCGACAUAGCCCUCCACAGCUUCAGAAGAUCCGCAAGUCUACGACAUAUGUCUUUACGAUCAAGGUUGUGGAAGCGGAAGACCUGAAGGCUUGCGACAUGAACGGAGGCAGUGACCCAUAUGUUGUUCUGGCGGACGAGUACCAGAAGCGGAUUGCCAAGACCCGCAUCAUCUACAACAACCUCAAUCCACGGUGGGAUGAUACCGUUGACAUCACAACACAAGGUCCGCUGAAUAUUAUUGCCACGAUUUGGGACUGGGAUGCAGUAGGCGAUCACGACUAUGUCGGUCGUACUUCGAUCAAACUCGACCCUGUCCACUUUAGUGAUUUCCUUCCGAGGGAGUAUUGGCUUGACUUGGACACACAAGGCCGACUCCUGCUUCGUGUGAGCAUGGAGGGUGAGCGUGACGAUAUCCAAUUCUACUUUGGCAAGGCAUUCCGAACACUGAAGCGGACGGAGCGUGACAUGACGCGAAAGAUUACAGAGAAGCUCACCUCGUACAUCAACCAUUGUUUGUCUCGACGCACGUUGAAGUCGCUGCUAUCCCGAGGCCUAAGCAUGUCCACCGUAUCCAACUUCUUAAACAGGAACCGCCUCCAGCAAACAGCAGUUGCACCUUCUGGUGCGGAUAUUGAGAACGCGCUGACCCCGUUGUUUGAUUACUUCAACGACAACUUUGCUAUCAUGGACAAGACUCUUACACCCGAAGCCAUGAGGAUGGUCAUGGCGCGUCUGUGGAAGGAGGUGCUAGCUACCAUUGAGAGCUUGCUCGUGCCUCCCUUAUCGGAUAAACCAUCGCAUCAGAAACCUCUAACUAUGCAGGAAGUUGAGAUUGUCUCACGCUGGCUCGUGCUUCUCCUGAAUUUCUUCCACGCCCCGGACGAGGAAACGGGUGAAGCUAACGGCGUCUCUAUGGAUAUCUUGAAGUCGCCCAAGUACCACGAAAUCCAGAGUCUAAACUUUUUUUACUUUGAACCUACCGAUAACCUUAUCCGCACAUCCGAGCGGAUGGCAUCGGCAACCAUUUCCCGGCAGCAAGCCAACAGAAACCGUGCUUCCGCGCCACCUCAGUUGGGUCUAGGAGGAGCUCCCAGUGUUCUCGGAGUGCCAGGCGGACGCCGGGCGAAGAGUAUCAUGCUUUCACGCAACCUAGGCACGAUGAAGAGGGCGAAAGCAGAGAAGUGGCGCGAUGCGCAGGCUGAGCCGAACGACGACAUGAUUCUGCGCAUUCUGCGCAUGCGACCCGAAGCAGCUGGAUAUUUGCGCGAUCGCAGUCGCCAGAAGGAACGACUUGCUGCGGCGGCCGCCGCCGACGCCAUCGUCAAGCAGAGUCUCAUGGCUGGUGCUGGAGGGCGAAUGGCCGGUACCUUGGGACGCCGAUGA